CUAGGUCUUGUGUUUCUGUUUUCAAUGAUAUAUUGUUGGAACUUUAUAGUCAAAUCCUACGUGUGCAAAUUAUCUGGAAGUCCAAAUUGAAGCCAUGAAAGACAGAGUGAUGUCCAGGACUAAGACACAAGAGACCAGUCAGAACAGUUCUGAGAACAGCCUGACAGACAUCCUCAGUGUCCGGAGUGCCAGUGAUAUUGUCCUACAGCCAAUGCCACCAGGGAGAAAGAAUAGCCGAUCCCACUUCCACAACAUGGAUGUGACUAAAGAGAGGGCUGACAUGGGAAGGCUUCCAAUGGCCACUCCACCCAUCAGCCUCCCAAUGCUCACUGUGACCUCUCUCACUGUCCAAAGGAUCAAAAACUCCCUCAAGGUGACUGGCAUGCCUCGUCUACAGCUGGAGGGACAGAUGUGUAGCAAGCGUCUGGGUCCGGUCAAAACCAAAACCGGAGGGAGCACAUUGACCUCCAGCCACAAGCAGGAGCCAGAGGUUAAAUCCAGCAGACCACAGACACCAGGAAGCAUCCCUAGGAGGCCCAAUGUAUGCUCCACUGCAGCCAAGGCAGUAGCUCCUUUAUCUGGGACUCCAUGCAGCCAGUCUGAGGUCAGGAUCCAGGCCAAUCCACUCCAGAGGUCUAACAUCCAGGACCAAAGGCCCCGCUCUCCUCCUGCUCAGGCCAGAUGGUCUCUGUUCGACGGCAGCCUCUUGCAGCUGCCAUGUUCUCCUGUGGAUGUCCUCUAG